GGCCGACUGUAUUUGGAGAAAAAAGUAGUUUUCAAAUAAAAUGCGAAUUUAAACAGGAUAUAUAAUAUCUAAGCAUCUGAGUGAAAUAUAAAAAUCGAAAAUGUCCACCAGGCAUUCAUUAAGCCCCAGGAGGAUGAAUGGUGGGGCCAUGAAUGGGGGACGAAUGGCUGAAACUGGCAUGUCACUCCCAACAGUGGAUGCUGAAGGGUUGAAGGCAAGGCUCUAUUCCUAUGCACCACAGCAGGCUCCUAUUAACAAUACAGCUUUAAGGCCAAAACAAAGAACGAAAGCUCAGAUAAAAAGAGAAAAAAAUCCAAAUGCCCCAAAAUUAGAACCAUUGCCUGGUCUACAAAACUUUCAAGCAGUCAACCAACCAGAAUAUAUACAUAGAAAGGCAAGAGAAAAGCUAGAAAAAGAAGGUUAUUUCAAAGAUCCAGAACCACAAAAGAAAAUGAGAAGAACAAAUUCAGUUGAGCCUUUCCAAGAAAGACCAUCCAGUGCAAACUCACUUCCAGAAUUACCAGAAGAUCUCAAACAAAAACAGGAGACUUUAGAUGAUACAAAGAAAAUGUCCCCUACACCUCCCAAGGACCCUAAACCUCAAAGUGUACAAGGUAGACAACAUACAAGUGGAGCCACUGUACCUAUUGUCAAACAACCAUCAGGUGCAAGUACAUACCUGGGCAUAUCUGACCCUGAAGAGAUGAUCCGUAUCGUGAGAGAAAACCCCAAGCUUGGGUUUCUCUACCUCAGCCCUGCAGUACCGAAAUCAUCUGUCAACUAUCAUUAUUACAAACUAAAAGUGGUUGAUCAUGAGCGUAUGAACAAGGCGGAUUGUUGCACUAUGAGUAUCAAAGGUGUCACUAGAAUGAGGAAUGAUGAUGAGACAGAAUUUUGUCAGUUGGACAGAUGGGAGCUGGAAUAUAAAUACUUCAAAAGAUUAGUCAAGAUCAAGGCAUUCAGGCUUUUUCGAAAGUGGAAAGCAUUCAGUGUGUGGAGAAAGAACGUGGUGACCAACAAAGCCAAAAAAUGCAAGAAGGCACUCAAUGAGAAUCUGUUCAUUGUCAACCCAUCUCUGAGACCAGCUUUGUUGAAUGUGCGAGAGAUGUGUUUCCGCAUCAGUGACAUGGGUCUGUGCAAGGUAGAGAAGGGGCACACCUACACACUGACUGAAUUCAGAGAGGCACAGUUUGCUCAGCUCAAUGAGGUGGCAGGCAGGUUGACUGAGUUCCGAGACUUGGUCAAGGAGGUUGUACGAAGUGCCUGUCGUACUGCACUGCUUGAAGCUGGCUUCACACCAGACGAUUAUUUCUAUGAUGGUAUGAACACGCCAGGAAUGUCUCCAGAUGGAGGUCCCCCUGGUACAGCUAGCAGCUAUCUGAUGCAGAGUAACUAUGACAUGGACAUCUAUGGGGAGGCACCAGACAAGAUGACAUACACAGAACAAGCCAACAAGAGAGCACAUUGCAAACGACUCACAUGCUUCAUCCGUCUGGCAGAUUACCUCAUAGUGAACACAAUGCAUGUACUAGCAGUGAACUCUGUCUCCACUCUUCUGAACUACCUGACAGAGCAGCUACAGAACACACCCCCACUAGCUGAUAUACAAGGCUGGGAUAAACAAGACCAUGACCACAAACCCAAAGCUCUUCAAGAGGAGGAAGAGAGAAAAAAGGAAAAGGAAAAAGCUGAGAAAGGAGAGAAAGCGGAGAAAGAAAAACCUAAAGAUCCAGAGAAUGAGGAGGAAGAGGCCCCAGUGCUGCCACCUUUAUACAUCACAGAGUUUGUACUGGAGCCCCACCAAGUUCUCUUCUCACCCGAUGAGGAUGAAUUCCAAGAUGGUGUCGCAGAGGUUAUCAAGAGAUUCCAGGAUGCCGUCCUCAGUGUACAGAACUUGGUUCCUGAUACCUUCUUUGAUGCAUUCACAAGGCCUAUCAUCAACAGUAAGUUUGAGGAGAAGACUUGUGGAGAUGGCCCUAGUCUACCAACUAUGUUUGAUGAUGAUGGUCACUUACAACAGAUCAUACAAAGCAUCAGGGAAGCAGUUAUUGCUGCCUUCAAUGCUGCCAGUCAGUAUGGAGAUACAUUUGAGCCUCAUAGAGAAUUCUACAAGGAGAAUGAGGCCACAGAUGUGGAGAAUGUCCGUGUCCAGACACACGAUGUUCCAUUCUUUGCUGAGUCCCUUGCCCGCUACCACAAGCAGCACCGUAUGGCCCAAGCUAUCAUACCUAAGAGGCCUAUAGGCAUGCUGCUCAUGGAUGCAGAUAAAAUGAAGAGCAUGUUGAUACCAUCUCCAAUCAGAUGUCUGGAUGUUGUGAAUGAUUUACUGCCUAUGAAAGCACGUAAAGAAGUGGACAGACUGAUAGCUGAACUCCAAGAUGCCCAAUUUAAACUUGAGUUUACUCCCACUACCACUAAUGAGUUUGUUGAGAGUCUUACAUUCCUUGAUGAAAUACAGGAGAGAAUUGAGCCACUUGACAAAGAGGCAAUGACUGUGAAAGAAAUGUAUGAUCUAAUAGAAGAAUUCACAGUGCCAACACCUCCUGAAGACUUUGCAGUGUACCAGACUCUAAAUCCAUCCAUCACUAAUGUGCGUAAUGCAAUAGACAAAGCCCUAGCUGAGAGGGAUGCUGACAUUGACAAAUUCUGUACUCAUCUGGACAAAGAUAUUGCUGAACUGGCCAAGGAGGUGAAGGAAGUAAAGCAGGCAGCACAGAAUCCACUUAUUCUGGAUCCCAAUGCAGACAACCAGAAAGUACAACAAAUUCUCAAGAAGCUACAAGACCAAAUGGAUGAACUACAAAAGAGAGCAUAUAGCUACAAAGCAUACCAGAAGAAUUUCAAGGUUGAGGUGACAAAGUAUGAGGCACUAGAAGAGGCCCAUGCUGAACUGAAACUGAAACAACUCCUAUGGGACUCCCUGUCAGAAUGGGAUGAACUUGUCACUGCAUGGACAGAUGGGCAACUUGAUACAUUAGACCCAGAAGUCCUUCAAGGCCAAACAGCAAAAUAUGGAAAAUCUGUCAACCAGCUGGAGAAAGGGCUACCACCAAAUGGUGUCGUACCAAUCUUGAAAGAGCGAGUAGAAGAUAUGAGAGAGAAAUUACCCAUGAUUGCUCAUUUGAGGAACCCUAGUCUCAAAGCACGACAUUGGGAUGUCAUUGAACAGAUUAUUGAGUAUCAUUUCACUGAAGAGGACCCCAUGACAUUGGGUAAGCUUGUUGAACUGGAGGCAUUUACCCACACAGAGGAGAUAGAAGAAGUCUCAGGCAGGGCUAGUUCUGAACAGAGUCUUGAAGGAAUACUUAAAAAGGUCGAGGAUGCAUGGAAGUCUAUGGAGUUUGUAGUACUGAAUCACAAAGACACCAAAGACAUCUUCAUCCUGGGUGGAACUGAUGACAUACAGCAACUACUGGAUGACAGUGUGGUGAAUAUCUCCACCAUUGCUAGCAGUCGUCAUGUUGGACCCAUCAAACCCAAAGUGGAUGAUUGGACUAAACAGUUGGAACUGUUUGGCAAGACAUUGGAUGAAUGGCUGGAUUGCCAAAGAAACUGGCUCUACCUUGAGAGUAUCUUUAGUGCUCCAGACAUCCAACGCCAAUUGCCAGCAGAGGCUAAGAUGUUCAUGACUGUUGAUAAAUCCUACAAGGACAUCAUGCGUAAAGUAAACAAAGUCCCUCUUGCAUUGAGAGCUGCCACCCAGCCUGGUUUACUAGAGACCUUCCAGAAUAAUAAUGCACUCCUGGACCAAAUUCAGAAAUGUCUUGAAGCAUACUUGGAAUCCAAGAGAGUUAUAUUCCCAAGAUUCUACUUCUUGUCCAAUGACGAGCUUCUUGAGAUCUUGGCUCAAACCCGUAACCCUCUUGCUGUCCAGCCUCAUUUACGUAAAUGUUUUGAUGCUAUCGCCAAACUGGAAUUUGGUGUCCAAGCACCAUCCUCAAGCCAUGGCAAGGACACUCCAGUAGGUGGGGAACAGGAAGUACAAUACACCAAUGAUAUCCUGGCUAUGAUCUCACCUGAAAAUGAAAAAGUCUCCUUAGGAAAGGGUCUAAAAGCCAGAGGAAAUGUUGAGGACUGGCUAGGCAAAGUUGAAGAAGCCAUGUUCAGCAACCUUCGCAAACUAGUCAAAGCUGCAAUUGCAGACUUUGAAAGACGUGAACGCACAGACUGGGUGGUGUCUCAUGCAUCCCAGGUGGUGCUGACAGUUGCACAGAUGGUCUGGUGUAGGGAGGUCACUGAGAUUCUCGAAGGUGAUUUUGAUCGUUUGGAAGCCAUGGAGGAAUUUGAACAAAAAUGUUUUACUGAACUUCAAGAUCUAGCUAAGGUUGUCAGAGGAGAGCUGCCCAAACUGGCCAGAAAUAUCUUAGGUGCUUUGAUCACCAUAGAUGUACAUGCUAGGGAUAUGAUCUCUGAAAUGGUGAAGAUCAAGGUGGAUAGUGUCCUAAGCUUUGAGUGGCAGAAGCAGCUUCGUUACUACUGGGACUUUGACAUGGACAACUGUGUUGUAAGAAUGUCCAAUUCUCAAUAUGUCUAUGGCUAUGAGUAUUUAGGAGCAUCACCACGUCUGGUCAUCACACCACUUACAGAUCGUUGCUAUCUAUGUUUGAUGGGUGCCCUCCAAUUGGAUCUUGGGGGUGCUCCAGCAGGUCCUGCUGGUACAGGAAAGACUGAGACCACUAAAGAUCUCGCCAAGGCUCUGGCCAAUCAGUGUGUUGUCUUCAACUGUUCUGAUGGUCUGGAUUACAAAAUGAUGGGAAGAUUUUUCUCUGGUUUGGCCCAGUCAGGAGCUUGGUGCUGUUUUGAUGAGUUCAAUCGUA